UUCAGUGUAUAUUUGACCUUGUGGAGUCUCUUCUCGGUCUCUCUCUCUCUCUCUCUAGCAACUUUAGUACCGAUCUCUCUCUCUAGGCUAGCUCUCGGAACAAGGAUGAAUAAGGGACCGGGACUAUUCGCCGACAUCGGCAAAAAAGCCAGAGAUCUAUUGACGAGAGAUUACAACACGGAUCAGAAGUUCAGUAUCUCCACUAACACUCUCUCCGGCUUCGUUCUUACUUCCACUGUCCUUAAGAAAGGAGUUGUCCACGCUGCUGAUGUUUCCACUCAAUACAAGUCCCGAAACGCUCUCUUCGACGUCAAGAUCGACACUGAUUCAAACGUCAUGACAACCAUCACAAUCACUGAGAUCCUCCCCUCUACGAAAGCCAUUGCUUCCUUCAAAGUCCCUGAUUACAACUCCAGCAAGCUUGAGGUUCAAUACUUCCAUGAUCACGCGACGGUUACAGCCACUGCAGCGUUGAAACAAAACCCUCUGGUUGAUCUAACAGCUACUCUUGGCUCCCCAACUAUCUCAUUCGGUGCCGAAGCUGGAUACGACACUACUUCUCGGUCUUUCACUAAGUACAACUUCGGUAUCAGUGUCACAAAGCCUGAUAAAUGUGCCUCCAUAAUACUUGGAGAUAAAGCAGAUUCGAUCAAAGCCUCUUAUCUUCAACACCUAGAUGAGUCCAAGAGGAGCGCUGCGGUGGGGGAGGUUUACAGGAAGUUCUCGACGAAUGAGAACGUGAUUACUGUUGGUGGGUUGUAUGCGGUUGAUCACUUGACGAGUGUGAAAGCUAAGUUGAAUAGUAACGGUAAGCUUGGUGCUCUUGUGCAGCAUGAGGUUCUGCCGAAGUCGAUUGUGACGAUCUCGGGGGAGAUUGAUACCAAGACGUUGGAGAAGUACCCGAGGUUUGGUCUCUCGCUUGCUCUUAAACCUUGAAGAAGAGAGCUUAGUAGCUACAAGUUUGCCAAGGACCUUUUUUGUUCUCUCUCGUAUGCCGUUGGUGGAGAGGCUUGAGUUUCGGUUUUGUAUUCAGUUAAAUAAUGAGUUGUGGGAAGGUAAAACUUCUCUUGGAAGAAUUAUUUUUCGCAUUUGUUGUUUUUUUAGGCUAUUCUUGAGCCUUGCUCAAUCAAACAAUCUUAGCAUUUUUUUUUCAAAGUUGAAGUCUCCUAUGUUUGUUUUGGGCACGUGAGACCCUGAUGGAAGAUCGAUGUGUAGAUGCCCAAACAGAAAGAUUAAAAACAGCAUUAUCAGUGCA